UCAGAGGAAGAGGAAAGAAAGAAGGAAUGGCCCUUUCCCAGGGACUGUUGACAUUCAAGGAUGUGGACAUCAUGUUCUCUCAGGAGGAGUGGGAAUGCCUGGACCCUGCUCAGAGGGCCUUGUACAGGGACGUGAUGCUGGAGACCUACAGGAACCUGCUCUCCCUGGGUGAGGGUAACUCUUCUCCGGAAGUUGGAAGCCUUUCUGCUGGAUUUGCAAUCAAGGAGUUAUCACCAAGAGAGGACAUUAAUAAAGGAGAAUUAUACCAUCUAGUGAUACUGGACAGAAAUGAAAACCAUGGCAUCAAGGAUUUUGAGCUCAAGGAAGUCUGUGCAGAUGUGCAGGAGUGUGAGAGUGAGUGGGGAUGUGAUGCAAGAAAUGACAAAGAAGUACUUUUGACCCAUAACAAAAAUCUCAGUCAUGGAGAAGUUCACAAUAAUAAAUCCUUAAUUAAUUUUCAAAAAAAAAAAAAAAAAAAGACAAGAUACAAAAGAGUAACCGCAGUAUGA